GAAUUCCAACGUGCCGUUAAGGCAUGCACCGGAUUCGAGUUGUCCGUCGAUCUCCUACGAACAGUGUUCACCCUGUUCGACAUGGAUGGCGACGGUCGCCUCAGCUAUCAAGAGUUCAUCCAAAUCAUGCGCGAACGACAUGCUCGUCGAACUCAGUGUCCAGUCAAUCACUUUAUCAACCCAAGUCUUUGGAUUAUGACCCUCAGUGGGAUUCAAACCCAUGCAUGGACCUUGUAUACGGCUUUGAUUGGUGCCCUACUGGCUGAUCUACAAGACCACAUCAGCAGCUCUGAUCUCUCCACAUUCGACUAUCCGUGA